CAGGUAUGAGACUGGCCAAUCACCAUCCAGGAGCAGCCCGGCGCUGUAAUGUGAUUGCACAGGGAGCAGAGCGAGGCUUGCAACGCAGAGCGAGGCGCCGUCUCAUCACUUACGGCAGCUUUACGACACUGACUUUUUCUGCAAGCACGGACAGCGGGGUGUGAAGCCACCCGCCGCUAUGGGGCUUCUUCACAACCUUGUCCGUGGCCUUGUGCGUGGUUCAGACAGACUGGCCGAGAUAACCAGCAAAAUGGGCCCCAAAUCCUUUAACCGAGGAAGAGGCGCCAAGAGAGUCGGUUACCUGACCUCAAACAAGAAGUUUGUCAGAGUGAAAGAGAUGGUGCCGGAGUUUGUGGUCCCCGAUCUGACUGGUUUCAAACUAAAGGCUUACGUCUCCUACCGGGCUCCGCCGGGCACAGAAGAGGAAAUGACGGCUGAGAAACUGUUCAUGGAAACGGCAGCUCCAGCCAUACAGAAGGAUAUUGAGGAGGGGACCUUUGAUCCAAACAACUUGGAAAAGUAUGGAUUGGAGUCAACCCAAGAGGGCAAACUGUUCAAGCUGUAUCCAAAGAAUUAUGUGCAGUAGGGGGGGAGGGGUCCUCUGAAUUGUUCACAAGAGACUACAAACUUCGUUAUAUAACUCUGUAUUUUCUAAUUAAAUGCAAAAUUUCAA